GCGGGCGGCCCCGGGGACAGUCGGAGCGAGCCGCCGAGGCACCGCCCGCGCCCGCCGCCGUCUGGGCGUCUCCGCGCCGCCGGGGAGCGAGCUCCGAGGUCUGCGCCGCGGCCACUGCUCGGGGCCGCAGCGGGGAAGCCGAGCGGGAUCGCCGAGCGCAGCCCCUGCCCGCGCGCGCCGCCAUGACCCACUUCAACAAGGGCCCUUCCUACGGGCUCUCGGCCGAAGUCAAGAACAAGAUUGCUUCCAAGUAUGAUCAUCAAGCAGAAGAAGAUCUUCGAAACUGGAUAGAAGAAGUGACGGGCAUGAGCAUUGGCACCAACUUUCAGCUGGGCUUAAAAGAUGGCAUCAUCCUCUGCGAGCUCAUAAACAAGCUACAGCCGGGCUCAGUGAAGAAGGUUAAUGAGUCCUCGUUAAACUGGCCUCAGCUGGAGAAUAUUGGCAACUUUAUUAAAGCUAUUCAGGCUUAUGGCAUGAAGCCACAUGACAUAUUUGAAGCCAAUGAUCUUUUUGAGAAUGGAAACAUGACCCAGGUUCAGACUACACUGGUGGCUCUGGCAGGCCUGGCUAAAACAAAAGGAUUCCACACAACCAUUGACAUUGGAGUUAAGUAUGCUGAAAAACAAACAAGACGUUUUGAUGAGGGAAAAUUAAAAGCUGGCCAAAGUGUAAUUGGUUUGCAGAUGGGAACCAACAAAUGUGCCAGCCAGGCGGGUAUGACAGCCUAUGGGACCAGGAGGCAUCUUUAUGAUCCCAAAAUGCAAACUGACAAGCCUUUUGACCAGACCACAAUUAGUCUGCAGAUGGGCACCAACAAAGGAGCCAGCCAGGCGGGGAUGUUAGCACCAGGUACCAGAAGAGACAUCUACGAUCAGAAGCUCACACUGCAGCCAGUGGACAACUCGACAAUUUCUCUACAGAUGGGAACCAACAAAGUGGCCUCCCAGAAAGGAAUGAGCGUGUACGGGCUGGGGCGGCAAGUAUACGACCCCAAGUACUGUGCCGCUCCCACAGAACCCGUCAUUCACAACGGAAGCCAAGGAACAGGAACGAACGGGUCUGAGAUCAGUGAUAGUGAUUAUCAGGCGGAGUACCCAGAGGAGUACCCCGGCGAGUACCCAGACGACUACCCCCGGGAUUACCAAUACGGCGACCAAGGCAUCGAUUACUAGGUCCCCCCAGGAGCUCAGUAUUUAGCCCGUUGUUUUUAUUCAGUGAGAACCAAGCUAGCCUUGAGUGAUUUUUAUCUUGUCUUCCUAAAACACUAUUAUGCUUAUUGUACCUGAAGGAAAUACUGCCUUACAUACAUUCCCUCUUCCUUUCCCUGCCUCUUCCCCCAAUAGCUGCCUUUAGUGCCGUAACAGUCCAGUCCCACAGCAGAAGCAAUAACUCGCAUAUGAAGUUAAAAGGAACACUGUGAAAGGGGAGUACCUUCGUGCAGCCAGUUCUCUCAUCAAAGACCUAUGCAUUUUUACGAUCUACUUAAUAAACUGGGAUUUUCAGACAAUAGGAAGCUUUUUCUUUCUUUCUUUCUUUUUUCUUUUUUUUUUUUUUUUUUGCAGUCCCAUAUCUGGUUUCUACGUGGAGGACUAAACUCAUGCUUUUAGCUGAAUGUGGUCUUUGCCGACUAAAUUUAAGAUGCAGCGGUUUAAGAGAUUUACAUACCGGUGUCUCCACAGUAUUGUUUGCUAAUCUUUAAAUAAAGUCCUGAUCCGUGUGCAUUUGUGAUUAUAUGUGUACUCAUUCUCUUACCUGAACUGACCAGAGCUUUCCCGAGUGGGGUUUCUAAAGGAGCGUGUACAAAGUCGGCCUGCAGACAGUCGGGUCUGGGUGGUGCGUUUGCUUCCUGUUUGUGCCAAUGUAUCAAUGUAGAGUUGCUCUGUUCUCUUCAACUGUAUUUAUUGCUGCGUUUCUCAGCAUAAACUUAUCCCAUUGUAUUUUUUAUAAAUAAAUAUUUUUUUUGAAUGUU